UAGUUUCGGUCAGAAAAAAAAGAUAACAUGAACUCUACCUCCUUUUCAUCCUACGUGAAAUCUCCCCACUGGUCAUCUACAACCCUCGCCUCCUCCCUGUUCGGGGAGAGUGAGAAGAAGCAAAGUUUCCUGGACCGGACGCUCAACUUCCGCACGGCGCUGGGCCGCUACUUCCUCCUGGUGCUCAUUCUGUCUGCAGGCUUCAUCCCUGCCUGCGUCCUGCUGGCACAGAACAUCGUGGAUGUCUGUCAGGCUGUCCAGCUGCUGCACAGGAACAGCAUCGUGGACAGCCGCAUAGCGUCAGCUCUGUUAAUCAAGGACCUUCUGCACCAGCUGCAACUAGAGAGGGGUUUAUCGGCGCUGUUUGUAUCCUCGAAUGGUGACGUCAUCACUCGGGAUGAGAUGUUGCAGACGAGAAUACACGUAGACGAUCGCCUGCAGGCGCUAGAUUUGUGGCCCACCGAAGUUCCAUUGUGGAAUGGCGUGGUGCCUGAGAAAGAAACAUUUAAAUUUGAAUUGAGUAAAUUCCGUUACAACAUCGAUACCAAAGUUGUGGAUGAAUUUACAGUAGUCGAACAUUACAGCAACCAGACAAGCCUGCUCAUCCAGUGGCUCAUUCAACUCACCAACUCGGUCACACUGGGCACUUUCUGGGACGACGUGGUAGCCUUCCAGUCCCUCACUUUUGCUACAGAAAACGCAGGGCUAGAAAGAGCUGCUGGUGCCAUAUUCUUUACAAAAGGGUCAGGGAGCUUUGAGGGGCUGGGCAGCUACAUGCAUUACGUCAUCACUGGCCGCUCGGCUCUGGCGGUGGCUGCAGAGUUCUCGGACCUCGUCCACGCCCGUGUCCAGGAAGAUGAGAUCUCACUAAUUACCAACGCAAUUAACGAGUUCCGUCAGCUAAUCAACAGCAACGGCACGUCCGCACUGUCUGGGGGGAACCAAAGCAGCGUGGAUGCCGCUAGAGCCUGGGUGGGCAACAUGAGCGAGUACAUCGACUUUCUCCACGGCGUGCAGAAUGAGGUUGGUGAUGAGAUCAAAUACCACACUUCAGAUUCCUCGUCCACACAACAGAAAACCACAGUGUUCAGCGCUUCAAUGAUGGUCGCCGAGUUCUUCUUUUACCCUCUCUUUAUCAUCUUGACCCUCAGACUCACAAACAGGGUCAAGGAUUAUUCAAGCAAACUGACGGUUCGACUGAAGCACUUAAGUCGCGAGCAGAGACGGAACACGACAUUGGUCAAAGAGAUGUACCCACCUUCUGUGGCCUCUAGACUUUUGAAAGGGGGUCACGUUGACCCAGAAAGUUUUGAUUCCGCCACUGUCUGUUUCUCUGGUCUGGCAGACUUUGAAGAGCUCAGCAGGAUCAGCCAUGGCGUCGAUAUCAUCUAUUUUAUUAAUCGUCUCUUUGAUUUGAUGGACGACGAGAUCAACAAAUAUGACGUGCUAAAAGUUGAAACAGUUGGAGACCAAUACCUGGUGGUGUCUGGCGUCCCUUUAAGAAAUGGAAACGCUCAUAUUGUAGAAAUAGCCAACAUGGCAUUGGGGUUGUUAGAAUUGACGAGUCAGCUAACCGUAGACCACCUGCCUACACUACCCAUAAGACUCAAGUUUGGGAUGUGUACUGGCACUGUGGUAACUGGAAUCAUUGGGAUUAAGAUGCCGAGGUACUGUCUAUUUGGAGACACGGUCAACAUGGCGUCCAGAAUGUUGUCUUAUAGCGAAGCACUGAGGGUCCAUCUUUCAGCCUCGUCUGGUGCCAUACUCUCACGUGAUCCAGGCUUUGAUGUGGUAUCUCGUGGUGAGAUCUUUAUAAAGGGGAAAGGUGUUCUUGAUACGUAUUGGCUGAUUGGGAAAAGAUGAUUUGUUUACGCUCUACAGAAGAGCACGUGGUUUUUACGGCAGCAGAAUCUAUUUUUAGCGCAAUAAAUCAGUGUUUCACAUACACGGUCAACAGUUGUAGCCGUCCCAACAAAAGCUCUACCGAUUAUGAAAUGUGGCGGUAGACUGGACGAGAUGGCAGAAGAGAUCAAAUUAACUUAAAAUAAAAAAACAACAACAACAUAGCCAUAUAUUGCCUAUAAAAUGCACGUUUGAAAGCAUCAAUUUUGUUAAGUACAAAAAGUUUCUAAAUUGCAACUCACACGUAAAUGUAAUGGAAUGAACAUUUUAAAACACAGAUCUAUCUACAAGCCUGUCUUU